CCCCGGUGUGCGUUCGUUCGGUGAGCGGAGGAUUUACCGGGACUUUGUGGCGGUUUGAGCGCUUUAAAGGAGGAUGAAGACGUCGGUGGUGUUCCUGCUCCUCCUGAACGUUUCCCAGCAUGCCUUGGCUCUGGAGGUCCAUGAGGGGGUGGAGUCUGUCCUGCUGCCCUGCCAGAUCUCUUCUGUACCUCUGGUCCCCACUCUGGUGUGGACUCGUGAUGACCUCGAUCCUCCAACUGUCCACCAACGUAACGAUGCAGGUGAUGCUCUGAGAGACCAAAACCAGCGUUACAGCAGCCGAACAUCCAUGAAGACCGACUCUCUGCAGACUGGAGACCUCAGCCUCACUCUGAGGAACCCCGUCCUCUCUGACAGCAGCACCUACACCUGCACCAUCACAGCAUUUGGAAACACACGGACACUGGCACAAGUACAACUGCAGGUCAAAGUGUCCCACCAGGUCUUCACUGUGGAGGUGUACGAGGGGGCGGAGUCAGUGCUGCUGCCCUGUCAGAUCCCGUUUGUAUUCGGACCCACCACAGCGGUGUGGAGCCGCUACGACCUCAACCCUCCAACCGUCCACCGUCAGAGAGAGGAAGAAGUGGAAGGUCAGAACCAGCGUUACAGAGAGAGAACAUCCAUGAAGACUGACGCUCUGCAGACUGGAGACUUCAGCCUCACUCUGAGGAAACCCCACAUCUCUGACAGCAGCAACUACACCUGCACCAUCACAGUGAGGGGAGAAGAACCCAGACUGACAGACAUUCAGCUGCAGGUCAAAGAACCGUACAUUUUUCCUGCUGAGGCCUGGGUUCUCCUGGCUGUCCUGAUUACUGCUGUUGCUGUGGGGCUUGGAGUAUAUUUGUGGAGAUUACUCAGGAAAGUCCCACAGGUGGAGGUGGAUUUGGGGGUGGAGUCUGUCCAGCUGCCCUCUAGAACCACAGUUCACCUGCCUGAAGACAUCACAGUGGAGUGGACAGACAGAAAAAACAGGAAGGUCCACGUGUAUCAGGAUGGCUCUAACCAGCCUGAAGAACAGCACCAGGCUUACAGAGACCGAACGAAGAUGAAUGAAGACCUGCUGAAAACUGGAGACCUCAGUCUGACCCUGAAACUCCCCACAGAAGAAGACACAGACACCUACACCUGCACUGCCUACAGCAGGAGGGGCAAAGUCCUGAUGAAGAAAAGGCUGCAGCUGUUUGUUGGAGUCUCCCAGGUGGAGGUGGGUUCAGGGGUGGAGUCUGUCCAGCUGCCCUGCAAAGCCACAGUUCACCUGCCUGAAGAUGCUAAAGUGGAGUGGAAGGAUGGUUCAUACAGGAAGGUCCACGUGUAUCAGAGCGCCUCUGACCGACCUGAAGAACAGCACCAGGAUUACAGAGACCGAACGAUGGUGAGAAGAAACCUGCUGAAAACUGGAGACCUCAGUCUGACCCUGAGACUCCCCACAGAAGAAGACACAGACACCUACACCUGCACCGUCUACAGCAGGAGGAAGAGGACUCUGAUGGAGAAACAAGUGAAGCUCAGAGUCAGAGUCCCCCAGGUGGAGGUGGAGGACGGGGUGGAGUCUGUCCAGCUGCCCUUCACAACCACACUUCACCUGCCUCAAGACGCUAAAGUGGAGUGGGUGGAUGGUUACAGGAAGGUCCACGUGUAUCAGAGCAGCUCUGACCAGCCUGAAGAACAGCACCAGGCUUACAGAGACCGAACGAAGAUGAAUGAAGACCUGCUGAAAACUGGAGACCUCAGUCUGACCCUGAGUCGCCCCACAGACUGGGAUGCAAGGACCUACACCUACACCUGCACCAUCUACAGCAAGGAGGGAAACAUCCUGCUGAAGAGAAAGGUGCAGCUGAGAGUCAGAGUCUGUCAGGUGGAGGUGGAGGAGGGGGCGGAGUCUGUCCAGCUGCCCUUCACAACCACAGGAAACCUGCCUGGAGAUGCUAAAGUGGAGUGGAUGGAUGAUGAUGAUGAUGAGGUCCACGUGUAUCAGAGCGGCUCUGACCAGCCUGAAGAACAGCACCAACGUUACAGAGACCGAACGAAGAUGAAUGAAGACCUGCUGAAAACUGGAGACCUCAGUCUGACCCUGAGACUCCCCACAGAUGAGGACAACAGGACCUACACCUGCACCGUCUACAGCAGGGAGGGAAACAUCCUGCUGAAGAGAAAGGUGCAGCUGAGAGUCAGAGUCUGUCAGGUGGAGGUGGAGGAGGGGGCGGAGUCUGUCCAGCUGCCCUUCAGAACCACAGGAAACCUGCCUGGAGAUGCUGCAGUGCUGUGGGGACGCAUUGAACCUGAAUACAACACUGUCCACGUGUAUCAGAGCGGCUCUGACCAGCCUGAAGAACAGCACCAGGAUUACAGAGACCGAACGAAGAUGAAUGAAGACCUGCUGAAAACUGGAGACCUCAGUCUGACCCUGAGACUCCCCACAGAGAGAGACAGUGGGACAUACAGCUGUGACGUCUACAGCAGGAACAUCUGGAUCAGAGUGAAAACAGUGAUGCUCAAAGUCAGAGGCAGAGCUCAGGUCCAGGAUCAAACAGGGAUCAUCAGGAACAGAAGCAGCUCCAUUGAUCCGACUCCUCUGAUGGCUGAUCAAUCAGUUUGAUCUGUUUGUUCUUUGAUUAUUGAUCAGUGAUGUCAGAGUGGAGUCAGUGUGUUGUUGUUGUGUGUUUGAGCCUUUUAGUGUCCGUGAAGGUCUCUGCUGCCGUAGAUCCUCUGAACUGUGACAGAGGUCUCACUCUGGAGGAAACUCUCAGCACUUUCCAGCAGCUCCUCCAUCAUGGAGGACGUUCCCUCACUGGAACAGGUGGAGGAGAGAGGAGAGGAAGCACAGGUGGAUGCUCUGAGGAAGAGGAGCAUUCUCACAUUGGUCUUCCUACAACAACACCUUGAUCACAUGAGCAGAGGGGCGUGGCCUUCAGUGGUCCUAACACGCCGUCGUAGUAAUAAAGGAACCCUCCACAUGUUCCACUUUGAAGGCUCAUCUCCAACAAAGCAGACCUGUGAUCACUUUAACUCACUAUGAUGAUUGUUGACAUUUGUCUUUGUGUCUCUGGCUUUUCUUGUGUGUCUGUGUGUCUUUGGGAUGUUGGAUAGAGUCAUGUGACCUGCCCAGGGACUACAGAUGGAAAUGAGCAGUUUAGCUCCAAUCUGGCAGCUUUCCAUCUUCUAUGUUUAUAUUGAUGUCCAUGAACAUGCACUGUCCCUGUGAGAUCAAUGCAGAUAAAAACAGCUGCUGACCUUUGACCUGAUCCAGUGUUGUUCUUCUUCUGUGGUGUUUCUGAUGGAGCAGCUGCUCCUGAUGUGUUUGAGGAUCAAACCAGGGUUCCUGCAGCUGCAGCAAACUCACAUUUAUCAGUCCGUGACCUUUGACCUUUCUUCUCUAAACCAUCACAGAGACAUGAGUCCAGUUUCUUUUAGUUGGACAUGUUUUCAUUGAGUCAUGAAAUAAAUAUCUGUGAUGUCUGAAACCAUCACAGGGAAACUUUCUCCACAUUUUCCAGCUCUGAAGUGUUUCAGGAUCUUUGUAGACUCUCCCAUGUUUGCCGUGGUCCCUGAAUGCAGCAUCAGUGUUACCGGUUGUGAGUGCGGUGAACAAACUG